AAUGUCCCAGGCCUUCUCUGGACCCUGAAGUAAAUUCCUCUCCUGCUGAGAAUCCCCUGAUGGAUAUCAAGGUUGUUGAAGUCCUCACACUGAAUAAGGAUGUGGCCGGACCUCGGAAUGCCCUGAUUCAAUCCCUCUAUCCUGAACAUGCAGAAGACCAGAGCCCAGGUGAUGUCCAGCCACCUCUAGAGCCAAGCAAGCCUUUGGCUGACACUGAAACUGCUCACCAGAGGUUCCGACAUUUCCAGUAUAAAGAGUCAGCUGGUCCUCACAAGGCUGUGUCCCGGCUUCGUGAGCUGUGUUACCAGUGGCUGCAGCCCGAUGUACGCUCAAAGAAGCAGAUCCUGGAAAUACUGGUGCUUGAGCAGUUCCUGAGUGCUCUGCCUGCGAAGUAUCGGGUGUGGAUAGAGUCACGGCACCCAGAGGAUUGCCAGGCAGCGGCAGCCCUGUUGGAGAAUGUGACCUCAGCGUCUAAGAAAGAUGUUCUGCCUGCCUGCUGUAGUGAGACCACUGGUCAACUGAAGAAGAAAAUGAAGGACUCAACCACCUUACCAAUUAUUGUACCACCUGAGGAACCAGUGACCUUCCAGGAUGUGGCUGUGGACUUCAGUCAGGAGGAGUGGAGGCUCCUAGAUCUGAUGCAGAGGACUGAGUACCACGACGUGAUGCUGGAGACCUUGGACAACUUGGUCUCUGUGGGGUGGGAGCCUACAUUGGGAAACAAAGAGUUAACUCAAGAUUCUCCCCUUCCGGUGUCAGAACCAGUUCAAAACCCAAAAUCAAACCCUUUUUCACUGGGUGGUAGCCAGUCCACUCUCUUCAAAAGUAUCUCACAAGAUGAGGUCCAAGAAAUUGACACCACAGAAUCAAAUCAAGUGGAGCUUGUAGAGGAAAAAGGCCACCCUCAGAAGAAGCUCUCUGAAAGGUCCAAGUCGCAAGGGCAAACUAGUCCUCACACAAGCCAGGGCUCACUCAGUGGCAUUCGUCGUAGAAAGCGUUUGCAUGUAAAAAUUAACCAGAAGGGCACUAGAAAGGGGAAAGGCAGGGAAAACACCAUUUCUAUGACCCGAGGUUUACCCAUAAGAAAUCAGCGAAAGAGCUCUGUAGGACGGCAGCAAGGCAGUAAUGACCGCAAUUCCACGGCACAUGGUUCAUCUAUAAAAAAACAUCAACAGACUUCCAAGAGGAGUAAAGUUGGGGACAUCAGAGAUGGCAUGACACUCGCCACUGGCUCUGAAGGUGUUAGAGUCAGGGAUAGCCACAAUACUUUGGUACCUGAUCGACAUACAAGAAUUCACCAGAAAGCCCCUGAAUGGGGGAAAGUUGGGAAAAGCAGCAAUUCCAAGUCCCAGGGUUCAUCUAUACAAAAUCACCAGAUGAGAUUUGGGACAGGAAGAGCCAGGGACUGCAGCACUUCGUUGAUUUGUACCUUACCUGUAAAUUUUCACCAGAAAGACUAUGAAGUUGGUAAAGUCCAAGGAAACAGGCAUUCUUUGAAAUAUAUAAAUUUUCAACAGAAGGGUUCUAAUGGAGGGAGAGUCAGGGAAAUUAGCACUUCCGUAAAACAUAAUUCCUAUGUAAAAACUCACCUGAAAACCUCUGAAAGAGGGAAAGGCAGGGAAGUCAUGGCUUCCAUAAAAUACAGUCCUCGUGGGAAAACUUCCGAGAUGGGCUCUGAAGUGGGGAGAACUAGGAAAGGCAACAACUGUGGGAAAGCCACCAGCCUGCACUCUAAGCAGAUAUUUUUUAUAAAAAUUGACAAGGGGAGCCAGCUCUGCCGCUGCAGUGAAUGUGGUAAAAUAUUCCAGAAUUCUAGGUACUUCUCUGUCCAUAAAAAGAUCCACACAGGAGAGCGGCCUUACAAGUGUACGGCCUGUGGGAAAGCAUUUGUUCAGAGCUCCUCCCUCACACAACAUCAAAGAAUUCAUAGUGGAGAGAGGCCAUUUGGGUGUCCAGAGUGUGGGAGGACCUUCAAUGACCGCUCAGCCAUCUCUCAGCACCUGAGAACUCAUACUGGGGCUAAGCCCUACCAUUGUCAGCACUGUGGGAAAGCCUUCCGCCAGAGUUCCCACCUUACCAGGCAUGAGAGAACUCACACUGGGGAGCGCCCAUAUGUGUGCACUAAGUGUGGGAGGGCUUUCUCCCAGAGCUCACACCUUAUUGGACAUCAGAAAACACAUCGGAUAAAGUUCGAGAAGAAGCAGCCCAAAUUGUAGCCUGAGUGCCUUCCAAAGCAUUGCCUUUUCAGCCUUGGGAUACACUCCUGCACACCUUGAGUAGGAUAGAUAGACUCUCAGUAAGGAGAGUGCCACACUCAGGACACCACCCAGCAGGCAGUGAGUGAACCAAUCAGGGAGUUCUUAAUUGCUUUAUUUAGCCAUUAAAGGAUAUAUGAAGUGUGAAAAUGCUCCUGUUUAAAAAGCCAAAUACCAAAAACUACACUGAUAAUUUACAGGGUAAAGCGUGUGAGUGACAAAAACCAAGUCUGUGGACAAAUAAACUAUAUUUGUGUUGCACUUUUUGUUUCUGCUGUGAUGGCUAUUCUUGGUUGAUGUGACUACAUCUGGAAUUAACUAGAACACACGUAGCUGGGUAUACCUGUGAGGAAUCUUUUCAGGUGGGAAGAUCCACCUUUAAUACAGGUCUUUUGAAGUGGAAAGAACCACCUUUUAAUCUGGCCUACACCUUCUACUGGAAGUCUAUAUAAAGGACAUGGAGGAAGGAAAUUUGCUCCCUUU